AUGGCACAGAUCCCAUAUAACACAAUCUUGGUUACCAAGCCCUUUCGCUUUCUUGUUGGGCCGAAAAAGCUGGAAUUUUACAUCCAUACUUCGCUGCUUGCCUCCCAGUCUCCAACACUCGAUACUCUUGUAUAUGGGCAGAUGAAGGAGGCGAUUAAUGGCUGUACGGUUUGGGAAGAUGUCUCGGAGGACACUUUUAUCCGAUUCGGCCAGUAUGUUUAUACGGGAGACUAUGAUGGUGCCGCACCCUUCGAACCACCCGCUUCACCGACGCCACCGGCGACCAAGGGACCAGUUGAGGGAAGCGACGCCUCUCCUGCUGUCGAGGCGCUGCCCGCAGAAGAGAACAUUUCGGAUGACGACUUUUGGCGGUCAAUAAAGGCGAAGAAGGCUAAGAAGAAGAAAGCUGUGUCGGAGUGGGAUUGGGGAGUCUCUCCCCCGCAGAGAGCAGAACACGCAUGGGAGCACUUCACCACAACACGGACGUACCUAUGUGCUCCUCCCACCCCAUCUCCUACUCUGAAGAAUCUCAACAACAAAACAAAGGAAUAUGCAGAAGUAUUCCUUUCGCAUGCACGAGUCCAUGUGAUGGCUGACUACUACCUCAUCCAGCCACUAGCCACAUUAGCCCUCCACAAGUUGCAUGAGAUCCUCUGUAACUUUACGCUGCACAAGACAAGGAUUUCUGAUAUCGUUGCUUUAUUGCAAUUCUGCUAUGAGGCGGAUGAGCGGCCCGUUCUGCGAGAGUUGGUGGUUUUUUUCGGCCAGAAUCUCUGGAACAAGCCUGUUCGUGUUCAUCUGUGCCACAACGCCGCCGCCCUGAAAAAGGCUGGUGUAACGCACUUUGCAAUCGAGUUCAAUAAGAUGCCGUCAUCACCCGAUUACAAGCGUCUGUGUGACGAGCUUAGCGCCCAUGGUAUUAUGAUCAUUCUUGCUGAUGUUGACCAACGCCGCACACCCGAUGAAGAGCAACGAGAAGCAUAUAUGACCAAGCGCAUCGUGGAUAUUCUCGAAGCCGAACCCAACGCCAAGGUUGCAGCACUUUUUAGUUCAUUCCAUACGGGACGAUACAUUAUGGAUGGUAUUCGCCCUGCAGCCGUUCGAAUUGAGUCCGCAGGUUACUCAUUGAUCCGGCUCAUGUACUGCGGUGGAUCUGAUCAGAUUCCGACAUUGAUAACUCACGCAUGCAGGGACAAGACCAGUCUUGCACUGGAUAUGCGACCCUACGGUGCCGAUGCUCCAUUUGGUGGCGAUGCCGACUUCAUGCUGUAUCUCGGUUGA